AUGGAGCUGGCUAACUUAGCAAAGUGGUUAUUGUUGGGUCUUUUCAUUCUGUGUGUUCAAAUCCAUGGAAACAAUGGUUGCUUUGAAGUAGAGAGAUUGGGUCUCUUAGAUUUGAAGGCAUCAAUUGGAUCAGAUGGGUUUGACGCUGAUCAUCCUUUUUCUUCAUGGGUUGAUGACUCGCUCAGUGAUUGUUGUAAAUGGGAGCGUGUCACGUGCAAUUUCACCACUGGUCACGUGAUUGAUCUCUCCCUCAACAAUUUAAGACAAUACGAGGAAAAUAUUUGGUUUCUAAAUCUUUCCAUGUUUGAGUCAUUUAAGGAAUUAAGAAGUCUUAAUUUAUCCCAUAACAGAUUCGGUGGUUUGAUUGAUGAGAAAGGUUUUGAUGGAUUGAAGAAGCUAGAAAUCUUAGAUCUUAGUGAUAAUUAUUUCAAUAAUAGCAACUUUUCAUCGUUGGCUGCUCUUCCAUCACUUACAACUUUAAUUCUUAGCAGAAACAAUAUGAAAGGUUCCUUUCCUAGCAAAGAAUUCAAGUUUUGUACUGUUGCAUGA